AACAAGAAGAAGAAGAAGAAGAAGAAGAAGAAGAAGAACAACAACAACAGCGCGAAUUCUUCAGUCCUCUGAUCUUGUUCUGUGUUUGAUCUGGUCGUCCAUACUCCAUAACAAGGAGCUGUGAUGUUGUAAAGAUGGAGUUUAUUAAAGAGGAGAUUGAUGAUGACACAUGCCAUCAGUGUAGAAAGAGCUUCUCAAGUAAAGAAAGCCUUAGCCAACACAUGAGAAUUCACACUGGAGAGAAACCGUUCACAUGCCCUCAGUGUGGAAAGAGUUUUUCACGUAAAAGAUGCUUUAUGCUUCACAUAAGGCUCCACACUGGAGAGAAACCAUUCACAUGCACUCAGUGUGGAAAGAGUUUCGCACAUAAAAACUCAUUAAUGUUUCACGUAAGGACUCACACUGGAGAGAAGCCAUUUGAGUGUCAACAUUGUGGAAAGAGCUUCUCAGGUAAAGGAAGCCUUAACGAACACGUGAGAAUUCACACUGGAGAGAAACCGUUCACAUGCCCUCAGUGUGAAAAGAGUUUUUCACGGAAAAGAUGCUUAAUGUUUCACAUAAGGCUCCACACCGAAGCGAAGCAGAUUGAGUGUCAGCAAUGUGGAGAGAGUUUCUCUUGUCGAAAAACCUUUAAGACUCAUUUAAGGCAUCACAGUAAUGAGAAAUCGUUCAAGUGCCCUCAGUGUGAAAAGAUUUUCAUAAAUAAAAGAAACCUUAAUAAUCACAUGCGAAUUCACACUGGAGAGAAGCCGUUCACAUGUGAUCAGUGCGGAAAGAGUUUCAAAUGGGCAUACAGUCAUAAAGUUCAUAAACUCCUUCACUCAGGAGAAAAACCAUUUAAGUGUGAUCAGUGCGAUAAGAGGUUUGUUGUAGAACCGGACCUAAAGACCCACAUGAAAACUCACACCAAAGGGAAGACUUCUGUUUGUAGAAAGAGUUUUUUUUCGCCAGGCAAACUUAAAAACCAUCAGAAACUGCAGACAGGUGUGAAAGAGCAUUUGUGCACAGAUUGUGGUAAAGCCUUUAGUACAGCCGCUCAGCUGAAAGUGCACCAGAAGAUCCAUACUGGAGAAAAACUGUACAAGUGCUCGCAUUGUGACAAGAGUUUCAGACAGUCAGGAGGCCUGCGAGCACAUGAGAGAAUUCACACUGGAGAGAAACCGUUCACAUGCGAUCAGUGCGGAAAGAGUUUCAAAUGGGCGUACAGUCUCAGAGUUCAUAAACUUCUUCACUCAGGAGAAAAGCCAUUUAAGUGUGAUCAGUGCGACAAGAGGUUUGUUGUGGAAUCAGAAGUAAACGCCCACAUUAAAAAUCACACUAAAGAGAAGUCUUACUUGUGUUCUGUCUGUGGAAAGAGUUUUUUUUGGCUUGGCCAACUUAAAAACCAUCAGAAAAUACACUCUGGUGUGAAAGAGUAUUUGUGCACAGAUUGUGGUAAAGCCUUUACUGAAGCUGCUCAGCUGAAAGUGCACCGCAGGAUCCAUACUGGAGAAAAACCGUACAAGUGUCCACAUUGUGACAAGAGUUUCAGACAGUCAGGAACCCUGCAAAACCAUGAGAGAAUUCACACUGGAGAGAAACCGUUCCAGUGCCAUCUUUGCAGCAGGAGAUUCAGACAUUCCAUAUCUGCAGUGAAGCACACAAAGAAGCGAUGCCCAAAAUUAAAGUUGGUGUGACUGGAGAAACAAGAGCUUAGGAGCUCAAGCAAUUAAUUUUUUUUCGUUUUUUUUUUUUUGCUUUAUUUCACUCUAUCCGAUUAUUUGUAAUGUGAAAUGUGAAAAAUAUAGUACCCCCGUGAAGCAUGCAGUCAUUUACAGAAUGAAAAUGACCUGUAGUAGAGUUACAAAUCUUCAUUAAUUUAGGAUUAUGUGCUUACUGUAGUUAUUUGUUCUGAAGUUGCUUAUGUUUCUUACAGUUCACUGCUGCUCUGAGGUUCAUCAGGUCAGGU